UCAAACAGACGUCCUGCAAAGAAAACGUCCUAGUUACAUGAACGACACGUGUGUUUUCUUUGCAGGCUUAUUUACUGAUUUUUUAAUUCUUUCCUGGAUAAUAUUUAGAAGACUUUAUAGCGGUUGUAAUAAAGCUCAGCCUCUGACCUUUUACCUUUGACUGUUCUCAGUAAUGGACGAGAGACGUGACCCUGCAGGCCGUCUGAGUGAAAACAAGCCCGUUUAGCAGCGACUGUGGCAGCUGUGGGUGGGAUACAUGACUUCACAGGUAUGACGGCAGCAGUGGCGUUAAGGACGGCAGAGCUGCUUUAGGGGGGGCCUGGGCGCCGCUGCCCCGACCGGCACCAUGCACCAGAAAGGUGCCAUCCAGAUCAUUGAAUGGGAGGACCUGGACAAGAGGAAGUUCUACUCCUUGGGCGUGUUCAUGACCCUGACCACCAGGGCCACCGUCUACCCGGCCAGCCUGGUCCGCACCCGCCUGCAGGUGCAGAAGGGGAAGGCCUUGUACUCGGGGACCUUCGACGCUUUCUGCAAGAUCCUGCGCGUGGAGGGCGUGAGGGGCCUCUACCGCGGCUUCAUGGUCAACACGUUCACCCUGGUCUCCGGGCAGGCGUACAUCACCACCUACGAGCUGGUGCGCAAGUACGUGUCCCACUACUCGCCCAGCAACACGGUGAAGUCCCUGGUGGCCGGAGGGGCAGCGUCCCUGGUGGCGCAGACCAUCACCGUGCCCAUAGACGUGGUGUCUCAGCACCUGAUGAUGCAGGGACAAGGGGAACAGCUCACACGCUUCAAGCUCAAGCCCAAAAUGAUGCUGGCUAGGACUAAGAAAAGCAGAAUGACUUUCGGGCAAACGCGGGACAUCACAGUCCAGAUAUUUGCAGCUGACGGUUUCAAGGGAUUUUACCGGGGCUACGUGGCGUCGCUGCUCACGUACAUCCCCAACAGCGCUCUCUGGUGGCCUUUUUAUCAUUUUUAUGCUGAACAGCUGUCGUUACUGGCGCCGAGCGAGUGCCCCCACCUGAUCCUGCAGGCUCUGGCGGGACCAAUGGCGGCAGCAACGGCCUCCACCAUCACAAACCCCAUGGAUGUUGUUCGUGCCAGAGUUCAGGUGGAGGGCCGGUCGUCCAUCGUGGAGACCUUCAAGCAGCUGCUGGCGGAGGAGGGCGUCUGGGUGAUGACCAAGGGGCUGUCGGCCCGCAUCAUGUCCUCCACGCCCACGUCCGUGCUCAUCGUGGUCGGGUACGAGACUCUGAAGAGGCUGAGCCUGCGAGCUGAGCUGGUCGAGUCCAGACACUGGUGAACGGCGAGAGUCCCGGGGGACGGGGACGGGGGGGGCCCAGGAAACUUCUCAGCAGGAUUCCUCCUCACAAGGACAAUAAUGGACGUCUGUCUCUGGUCUCGGUAGGUCCGUGUACUUCGCGGCCAUCCGUUUUUUUGUUUUGAAAUGGCAAAAUAAAAAUAGAGAUAUAAUCCGUUCCCCAUCUUUAGUUUUGAUAAUAGAAAACGGAUCGUUAUCCGUUAUCCGAUUUCAUUGAUGUGUUUGAAAAUCGAAA